AUCAGAGAAUCAAAAUCCAAACUUGAGAUUGGAACAUGACUACGGAAACGAAGAGGACCACUCUGUACAUUUUAAUCAUUCUGUCCAGAUAGGUUCCCGAUUAGAAGUACGUCCCAUAAUCCGAUGAAAUUCACAACGUGUCUUCCAUUAACCUUGGUCCUUCUUCAGACCGUAUCCCCCCUUCCGUUUGGAGCACGAGGGAAAAAAACGGAAGAAACAGCAGACACCGACAGCAAUGAGAAGAUUGUCUCUUCUUCUGUCCGAGGUGCAGCUUCGAAGGUGUCCAAAUCAAUAGAAGAUUUCGCGCCUGGGUUUGCCAUUGAGGCGUUUUUUCAAAGUCCAAUCGACUCAGAUGCAUCUGCGGCAAUGAAAGAUACAAUCCGUACGAUGGCAACUUCUGAAGACAUGCAUGAUUUCCUUCAAAAAACACGUAGAAGCCUCCAUCGCAAUCCGGAACUGAUGUAUGAGCUUCCUUUUACGUCGGAAACAAUUCAAAGGGUGUUGGAAGAACUAGAGAUUGAGUUCACUACAGGUUGGGCCAAGAAUACGCACCCAGAUGUAUACCCUGGAAAUGGUGGAUACGGAAUCGUUGCCCAUAUUGGUAGCCUUGACGAAAACCAACCCUGUGUUAUUCUUCGAGCCGAUAUGGAUGCCCUACCAAUCGAAGAAGCGACGCAAGGGAUUCAAGAAUUCAAGUCAAGAACACACGGAAAAAUGCAUGCUUGUGGACACGAUGGUCACACAACAAUGUUGCUGGGCGCUGCUGCAUUGCUGAAGAGUGUCGAAAAAGAAAUUCAAGGAACGGUGAGAUUAGUUUUUCAACCAGCCGAAGAAGGUGGUGCUGGAAUGAAAAGAAUGGUGGAGGAAGGUCUUGUUGAGUUGGAACCAAAGGCCCAGAACGCGUUCGGGUUACAUGUUUGGCCCACGUGAGUUAUCUAUUGUGUUAUGAUGAUCUGCUUUUCUAAGUUUGCUUUGUGCGUCGCAAAUACACUUCAUCUCAAAUCUUCCCAAAAUAAUUUGCACUCUACUAUCAAAUGAAAGCCUUCCCAGUGGGACAGUUGCAUCUAGGGCUGGACCAUUAAUGGCGGCUGCAGAAAUGUUCGAAAUCGUGAUCAGUGGUAAGGGUGGACAUGCCGCAAUGCCGCAUCUAACGAUUGAUCCAAUCGUUGCAUCCGCCUCUUUCGUUACGAACGUACAAUCCAUUAUAGCCAGAACAAUUUCACCACUUGAAUCGGGAGUUGUGUCUGUCACACAAAUUACUUCCGGAGACGCCUUCAAUGUCAUUCCAGCGUCUGCAACUAUUCGAGGAACGAUUCGGGCACUGAGUACUGAAAUGCUCAUGUCUCUGCGGGAUAAAGUUGCAAAUAUUCUUGAUUCGAUUGACUCGAUGCAUGGUUGCAGCAGUACUAUCAAAUAUUCUCCAGAUUUCUACCCUCCAGCGAUCAACGAUGCAGAAUUAUUCGACUGGUCGAAGACAAUUGGAGCAAUGGUUUCUCGCGAAGGAAAAACUAGGGACGUAGUUCCGACUAUGGGUGGCGAAGACUUUGCAUUUUUGGCCGAAGCUAUUCCGUCUGUAUUUUUUUUCAUUGGUCAGGGAACCGGUGGGGACGAAAAACACCACAUUCCUCGCACCGAUUUUGGCUUGCAUCACCCUUCAUUUGCAUUGGACGAGGAAGUUCUUCCCGUAGGUGUGGAACUCCAUGCGAACCUCGCAUUACGGUCAUUGAAAAAACUAUCUCUAGCAAGUGAUGAAAUAACUAAGGAAGAGCUUUAGAAGGUGGCGGUCGCUCUCUUCGUACGCGAUGGACUUUGAAGGGCUAUUAGCUGAGAUUCUUUUCCUGGGACAGAUAUCCCCAGAUCGAGUGGGAGUCGACUGUCUUGAUCCGACUUCUUCGGUUAAUAGUCCCCUUGAGCCGAAUUAUUUGGUCCAGUAAGAGAGAAUGCCUUGCUGUUACUCUGUUGCGCAGGUAACUGUUUAGGUCAAAAAAUAUGUUGUGUGCUUCAAGCACAGUAUGGUAUAAUUUCGUAAGAAAUUAUCUUUUAGUGCUACAAAUUUGAGUAUGUAUUGAUCAAUAAUGAAAUCGCAAUUGCAGAAAGAUAUCUGUAGUAAUUAUUUGCAUUUUAACAGCACCUUAGAUUCUCUCUAAUGUUUAGCAUAUGUAGUCUGAAAAUAGCAUGGAAUUAUUGGGCGAUGGUAGAGACUUCUUGACCUCUUUCGUAAGGGUCUGUAGUUCGUUUUUAGUAUGCAUUUCUCCAAUCACCGGAUGCGUAUUGGGCUUUUCUAGAAGUCCAAUGCGAGAAGGUAGAAAAUUGUUCCUUCAUGAUUUCAAACCGAUGAAAGAGUUUUCAUCGAAUAAGAGCCUGUGGCGUGACAGCCAUGGUCUUCAUUACGUGUUCCGAAUCGAUGAAUCUGUAGGUUUCUUCCUUUCAAGGAUCCUUCGUUUACUCACGAGAAAAUUGAAAGACAAUCAGAAAUGUGUUCAUCUUGUCCAACCAUAAAAUAAUUUUUCUGGAAUAGAUUAUGGGUUUGGAAAACAUUCAUUGAGGCACUGAGCGAAUUUGUUCGGCUACCACAUUUUUCAACGAGCAACUCUAUGAAUUGGAGAAUGCAAAGGCAAAACAAUUAGGUGAGGAACACUAUUCGAAACACGAAGAGAAGAAAUCUUUAAAACAACACGAACAAACUCUCUUUGGUACUCACCUUCAGCAUUUCGUUUCCAGUUUGCAUCAAGAAUAGUGGAGUGUUUUCGUCGUCGUCUGUAUCGCUUGAUGUCGUUUCAAAGUUUCGUUUGGUCCAGAGGGAAGGAAUAUUUUCAGAUGUAGCAUCCGUGACAUUUACUUCCUGAAGAAGAGAGGACAGAGACGAAAUAGAUGCGAACGAUGGAGCCGAGGUGGGAGUAUCGGGGUAGCUUAUUUGAUCCAAGUCUGAAUCCAUCGAACAAUCGUUGGUAGAGAAGCUAAGAUUUUCUUCAACAAGAAAAGCCUCUGUCUCUUGCCGUAAUCUCUCUCGUCGAGCUCCAAAAAUGAAAUAGUGGAUGAGAAAUUGAACAAUGACGACACUUAUCCAAGCAACCGCCGAAGUAGAUACCUCCAACAUUGCUGUCCCUGGUCACUGAGCCCUCUAGUUAUUUUCUAUGCUUAAGCUGUUGCUCUAUGACGCCCCUCGGUUGUUGCUUGGAGCCUUUUCUGAUCAUG